UAGGAUAGCCAGGCAGCAGGGAAGCACAAACACAUCAUAUUGGAUUCAGAUGUGGAAAAUGAGGCUGAAGUGGGUGAGAGGUUGAAAAAAGAUGGAAGUUUGGGAAAUAUGCAUGGAGAAGAUAAAUCUGCUCCCAAAGCUUCAGGCAAACUGUUUGACAGCAGUGAGGACGAGCAGGACGAUACGGACGACGAGCGAUUCAAAAUUAAGGCCCAGUUUGAAGGCAAGGCUGGGGAAAAACUCCUGAAGCUGCAAUCCCGAUUUGGCACCGACGAAAGAUUCCGCAUGGACGCUCGAUUCCUGGAGAGUGACAGUGAGGAGGAAGCAGAGACAAAGAGCUUGAAGGCAGAUGAGGAAGAGGAGCUUGCUGCAGAGAAAAAGAAAAAUCUGCAACUACUGGGAAGCCUCUUGAACAUCAACCUGGAACAGCCUAAGCCAAAUAAAACAGCCACAAGUGCCAAGAAAUUCAAAGAUAUUAAUGCCCUCCGUUAUGAUCCCACAAGAGAGGACCAUGCAGUUUUUGAAAGGAAGCCAAGUGCUGCAGAAAAGGAGAGGUAAUAUUGCAGCUUGGUAGCUAUAGUUGUGA